CGCCGGUUGGUCCUGCUGCACGAACUGUGCCGAGCCGCACGGCUGCCCGCUUCGCGCAGCGCGACGGGAUACGAGACGUGCGGCCCCAGCGACGGAAGCGUUGGCAUCGGACCGAUUCCUGGGGCACCAAGUAGGUGAACGAUGGCGGACGACGAGCGUCAAUGCCCCGUCUGCUCGGCCAUCUUCGCCACCGACGCGGCGCUCGGCAGCCACCUCGCCGUCUGCGUCGGCCGGGCCCGGAGCGAAGCGAAACGGCCGCCGCCCAGGACCGAGGACGACGUCGACGACGCGCGCGGCCGCGUGCUCUGCUACGUCUGCGGCCAGCGCGUGCUGACGCCGGCGUCCUUGGCUCCGCACCUCAAGAAGUGCGAGCGCGCCGCGCGCGCGGCGCACCGCCUCGACGCGUCCACCUUACUCCCGACGCGGCCGUCCGUCGCGCCGCCGACGGAUCCUACGGAUACGAGCCACAUCCGGGCCUGGAACGUCGCUGCUAGACAGGCCUUCGAGGCGUCCCUUCCCAAAUGUUUACACUGCGACCGGCGCUUCGCGAGCGUCGCGGCGCGCGACGCCCACGCGAAGCGGUGCGUCGGCGUCACGGAUCGAGGCCUGAAGUUCGGCGAGCCCGAGGACAAGCAGGCCGCGCGGCCGGCCAUCACGGGCGCCGAGUCGUGGGCCGUAUCUGAAAGAACCGAGUCCAUCAAAACGCGGUAUCUGUCGGACCCGGACCCAGCCGUCGCAAAAAUCCUCGCGGGCGUCGGCACGCGCGCCGCGGUCUGCGUGUUCUGCGGCUCGGCGACGCUGCCGCACGGCCUCGAGAGCCACGCCGAGGCGUGCGAAGGGAGGUGGCGCCGCGCGGAAAACGCGCGGCCCCUUGACGAGAGGCGGCCCUGCCCGGAACAGCCGCCGUGGCGGCCCGUCGAGGAGGACCUGCUCGAUCAAGAAUCGGUGAAGGCGCACCGGGCCGCGUUGAACGCGUACAACCGUUUAUGUGGAAGCAUCUACGUCGAAGCGUCGAGGCGAGGCGCGUCCGCGCAGUGCGGCGUCUGCGGUCGGAAAUUCGUCGAUCCUGUAACAAGGGAGAAGCAUGAGCGGCGGUGCGCCGGGCUGACCGGAGACGAAGUCGUAGAAGUGUCCCGGAAGUCUACUGAUGAUCAAAUAGCAUGGCAUGAAACCAGAGAAGGCGCCAUGAGGGCGGACCCUAUCCAAGAAGCCUUCGGCGCGACUUGCUACGUCUGCGGCAAGGCUUGUCUGGUGAAUUCUUUGAGGAGGCAUGUCCGGCGGUGCACGGCGCGGUGGGAGCUGUUCGAGAGGAACCGACCGUUGGGCGAGGACAUGCGGCCCGUGCCGACGUGUCCUUCGGUCGAUAUGCCGCCCCUAGGUACGGAUUUCUACCGGAGGCGUGGUAGGAAGCCGGACGAGGAGUUUCGGGAUGUCGAGGAUGAACAUGCGUCACGAGCCGCCGACGCGGCCGCCAAACUAUUACUAGAAACCUGGAAUAACGCGGCCACGCAAGUUUUUGGGACGUCCUCGCACUUCGGGUGCGAGUUCUGCGGACGGACCUUCGCCGAGCGUGAGACGCGGGACAAGCACGCGCGGCGCUGCCAGGGGGAGAAGAACAUCAUAAAUGUACCGGAGGAGUCUAGGAAAGUUGAUGACGCGGCGGCGCUCUGCCCCAUCUGCGGGCGACGGUGUCUGCUCGGGUCCUUCCUCAAGCACCUGGACGCGUGCAAGCAGCAGUUCGAAGCCGAAGAAGCCUUGAAACCCGUGUCGGAGAGGCAGAUGGCGCCGUGCUGGCCGGACCUACCGCUACCGACGAAGCCGGGCAAGGCGCUAGAUGAGUGGAACGCGGCCGUGAAGCAGGAACGAAAUGUAUUAAGUUGCCCGGGCUGCGGGCGCGGGUUUGAGAAAUUACAAGCUUUGAAGGGCCAUGUAAAAAGGUGCUGCCCCGCCGAAUUAUCAAAGUUAUGUGAGGGCGAGGAGGUCAAAACGUCGACAGUCUUUGCGAGGACGGAGUCCGGCGCGAGGGACCCUACCACUCUAUGUUUCAUCUGCGGCAAGCGCUUCGGGACGGCGGGUCUAGGCCGGCACACGCGGGCGUGCGCCGCGCGAUGGACGCAGUGCAACGAAAAAUUGCCUGUGAAAGCUCAAAGAGUUCUCGAGUUCCCGCCGAGUGAUCUGUGGCCCCCGCCCCAGGAUGAUGUCGUACGGCGGGAGCAGUACGAGGAGAUAGCACUAGCUUUGCACAAGAAACUUUCAUUGGUCAAGUGUUAUGGUUGUGAGAGAACUUUCAGUGACCCGGAAGCUAGGGAUAAGCACGCGAAGAAGUGCUGCCCCGAGCUCAUGGCCGAGGCGUCCAAAGAGGAGGAGGAAGAUGUGGUGGGAAGGCCGCACGACCUGUCCCCGAAAUGUUAUGUGUGCGGCAAGACCUGCGCCACGCUCGCGGGCUUCGGGUUCCAUGUCCAGGGGUGCAAGGCGCGCUAUGAAGCGCAGCGCGCCAUCGACGGCACUACCAUAACUGUGAAGCCGCCCGAAGGUUUCGAAGUUCCUACCUCUUCGUCCUCAAGGGAAGAAAUCACGCUAUGGAACGCCGCCGUCGCCAGGCAAUUCAACACCGAUGCCCAGAACAUGUGCCCCGCCGAGCGGUGUGGCAGAACUUUUGAAAGUGAAGCGAAGCUCGAACAACACAUGCGGAGCUGCUGCUCUCAGUUACUGUACGAGCGCCUCGAACGGAAGCGUUUACGAGCCCUCGAGAAGGAUCUGGGCCAGCCCGUGUCGUCGAAAGGUGGCGUAUGUUGUCAUCUGUGCGGGCGGCACGUGCUGCACCCGCGGUCGUUGCCGUUCCACUUCCGGAGCUGUUUGCGACGCUUCUACGCCGUUGAAGAUGAAAAACAAGCUUCUCUCCAGAACGCGCCGCCACCGGCUCCCGCCGUUUGUGAGUUCGGGGACAAUGACGUUGUAGAUGAUGAGGCGAGUGACGAGUCUGAUGAAGAUGACUACGGUGACGACUUCGAGGACGACGUCGAGGCGGAGGAUUCAUCUAGAAGAAUCAUCCGCAUGUGCUAUUGUUGCGGCUCUACGAGAGAAUCAGAAAAGUCGAUCCGGGACCACGUUUUGAGUUGUAGGAAGCGCUGGUUACGGAGAGAAAGCUACCGGCCGACGGCCUGGAGGAGGCCGCUCCCUUCGAAAGGAUGGUGCCGCCUGCCGGGGCCCGCGGCCGCAUCUGACGCCUUGAAAGCCUACUCGGAGGCGGCCGAGCGGUACUAUCAGAUGAAUGCGCCGAACCGCUGCCCGACCUGCGACCGGACCUUUGCGGAUCCCGGGAAGUUGGCUGCCCAUUGCAAAGCGUGUAAAGCCCAGCCCAAGUGUACUGGGUGCGGUUUAGUGUUUGAGAUGGGCUUGACUGGAGAAGAAAAGCUUAAGAGGCAUAUGUCGAAGUGCGACAAGUGUCUCCCGGAACCCGUUGUGCAGGAAGAAGAAGUCCAGGACCGCAAGGGCGUCCACUGCUACCUCUGUGGGCGGCGGUGUCUACUCGCGUCCCUGGCUCUGCACGUCCCGAAAUGUUAUCAGAGGUGGCUCCGCGAGAAUAACACAACACGAAGGAAGCACGACCUGUGCUUCGGCGACUCGUCGGAGAGCGAAGACGAGGUUGUGCCACCAACACCACCUUCAUUGCCGAUGCCGACGCGCGUCACGCCCAAGGCCGACCGCGACGCUUAUUCAGAAGAGGCAUUGAGGAUCUUCGAGCGGACGCGGCCGAGUUGCGUCUUCUGUCGAAGAGCUUUUGAAAGUACAGAGAAGCUCACGAAGCACCACCGGAACUGUAGUUCCGUCGAAGUGGUUUUUGAGUGCCAGCUCGAUGCGAACAAACUGUUGAUAGCGUUAGAUGAAGACCCUUCGCUAGCUAUAGAAAUUGAUGAUGGGAUCAGGGAUCGUUUAUCAUCCCGAUGUGACGUCGAUCCUUCGCAAGUUAGGGUCGUCAAGGCCGACCUCGGCGGGUCUCGAUUGGAAGUGACGUGUCGAGUCUUCAACAGCGCCGGGCCCGUUUCUCGCAAGGCUAUCGUGAAUGAUGAUGCUUUCUCGUCCACGCCCUUAUGCACACCGAUGCUACAUGAACCUUCAGUAGUUUCAGCGAGGGUCGAGGCCGACCUCGGCAGGCUCGCGGACGUAUCGGAUCCUCGCUCGUUAACGUUCUACGUCGCGUUCAUUCGUGCUCUUGAAGAAGCCAAAAGUAGACGUAGAGGAUCGGGCGACAUCUAUCAAGUGCCGGUACCUAUACGAGGGAGAGUCAUCUCGAACGCGCGCACGAAGGAUCGCAAAAGACGCCAGGAUCUGGUGGAUAAGCGCAACAAACAACUAUCUGAGAAGAUCCGGAACGUCAAAGGGGUGUUGGACUUUCGACACAUAAAAGCGCCGAGGCACUGCCACACGGCGAUCAUCCGGAAACGCGAGGACAAGGAACGGCGCCGAGAAAACGCGAAAAUACGACGCGCGUUGCGGGACAUCUACAGGACCAAAGAAUCGAGACUGGCGAACUUCGGCGUCAAAGGUAAAGUUAUCCACGAGGAGAUGCGAGGAAGAACGGCGCUGUAUGAUGAUGACGCCCCAAGACAAAACGAUGACAGCGUGCCCCAGAAUUUAGCUGUCGCCCAAUGUGCGGCGUGUGGCAUCCGGAGCUUUUACGGGUCCGACGGCACGCCCAUGGCGAAGUGCGCUUUGUGUGAUGAAGUGUACUAUUGCGACGCGACGUGCGCCGCGGUAGAUGCGCCGGCGCAUGCUCUCACUUGUGCUCAUUCAAGAGGCCGGGCCAAGUGGCCGACCAAAUUAGCGCAGUUCUGGAUCCAAUCGAGGGCGACCGUUGUGGCGCGGAGCGCGUUACGUAGAAGACCAAAGCCGUCCGUGGAAGUUGUCAUGAGGGAAGUCGCCAUGGCGCAGGCGGCGGACGCGCGCGCCGACGCCCAACUGCAUCGGGAGGCGCCUCCACCAUUGACAAGAGCCGAGAAGAAGAACCUCGAGGCGGAUCUGCGGGACGCGGCGGAACGAGGCCCGCCGCCGCCGCCGACGGAUCAGUAUCGGAGGGCGGAGAUCGAGGCGGACCAGCAGGCCUGGAACCGGUUAAAUGCCUCUCGUAUCGCCGAGGAGCGGCGGCUUGGGUUGCGGGCCGACGCGGAAGCGAGGUACGGGUCCCUGGACGACAAUUUGAGGCGGGUGGAGGCGCGGGCUUUGGCGUUGGCCCAGGAGCGGCGGUCGAUACUGUUGCAGAUGAACGCGUCGCGGGCGCGCGAUCAAGCAGUCAUGGAGAAGCCUCCUAGAGCUGCGCGGAUCCACGGCGACGAGCGAAACAAGCGGCUCGAGCGGGAAAGGAGGGCGCUGGCGCGGACGCCGAAGCCCAGCUCGGCGUCCAUCGGCAACCACGCGCCCUAUACGAAGGCUGCCCCGAAGGCCGGCGUCGGCAAGGGGGGGUUCAGUGAAGGCCGCACGAAGAAUACGAAGGGGUCCUUCCGCGGCGCGGUGCCGGGCUUCGACGUCGCAGGACAACAGUUCGUGGACCAGUUCGCGGGGGACUAAAGUUCUUAUUGGAG